AUGACAGAAUCACCCGACGAAGCAUUCUCACAGAAUGGGGAGGGUGCAAAGCGCUUCAAGUCUGGCUAUACGAAUGGUCAAUCCAGCGUAGAUGGCGUCAACAGUAAUCCGCACGUAGCAGGUCGCCCUGAGCUACAGCAAUAUCCCAUACUUCAAGGUGGUCAGACCGCAAGUAGCCUGUCAAAGACGACUGUUUCAGAGCCAAUAACCCAAUCAAAUACCGCCAUUCCUGAACAGAUGGAUGCUCUCGCAGCAAUGCUCUCCGAGACCACUCUUAAUACCAUGGCAUAUUAUGGUCCUAACGCUGCGACCAUCUCCACUGACUUGGAUGACGACGAUCUGUGGGGACCUCAGAUCCGAUCUACCAACACAGAAGAUCAGGUUGUACCCCCAGAGAUGCGGAUACUUCCUGAUGUCACAACUCGCAAGUAUCUUGCAGAGCUCUAUUACAAGAACCACUUUAUUCUUUUGCCUAUGGUGCAACGCGAAGUUUUACGAGUGUGCGAAGAAAAUAUUCAUAUACCGCAUUGCUUAUUGCUAUGCAAUGCGGUAUAUUAUUGUGGAUGUAUGUAUUCAGACAAUACGCUGCCACUCAGAAAAGACUCUGAUGAUGAAAGCACAGUGGGGGAGGAUUUCUUCGUGCGUGGCCAAGCGCUGUUGGAUAAAAAGUAUUUGACCACACAUAUUUGCACCAUCCAGUCUCUGCUUCUUUUUGCCAUUGGACACAAAUCUCCUGCGCAACGCUCAGGAUUCAUCAGCCAGGCUAUCACUAUGGCUCUGGAUAUGGGUCUUCAUACAAAACUAGAUGAGUCUGUCAAUCCAUUCAUGAGAGCUUACAGAGCACGUGUGUUUUGGUGCUGUUAUGUAUUCGACUCAACUUCUUCUGCAAUUGGAGGGAAGCCUACAUUGAUCAAUGAUGAUGAAAUUAGUGUGGAGAUGGUGCAAGUGGGAGAUCUGGGUCCAGAUACGGAGUAUUACUCAGAUCAGUACUUGAUCCAUUGUGUCCGCGGUUGGCAAAUUUGCCGAAAGAUCCGCAAGAACUCAAAGCUCGUUUCCCAACGCCCACCGCCAUCAAAACAGGUUUUGUUAGAGAACUUGGAUCGCUUAGACAAGGAGUUAGUUGAGUGGCAGGAGAAACUGCCACCCGUAUUUGAUCUUGUUCCUAAAAAAGGAUCCAUCACAUCUGAUGGCCAGUCAACCUUGCUUCAACCUCCCGCUGUAUCGAACCAAUUGCCCAAUCAGCUCCUACCGGCUCGUUCGCAAGUUGCUGUUGACCCAUCAAGCCAGCAAGGCCAACAAACACAGGCAAUCUUUGGGUCAUGGAUGCCCAUCAAUGAGCCUAGCAUCCCCGGGCUGAAUAGCGUUGCUUCUAAUUUGGUGGGUGAUAGCAAUCAUCUCGGUGGGUUACCAGGAACUACUACUGAAGAAGUUAUAGAUAUUCAGUCGAUCGCUUUUGAUCCAAGGCAAGAGGCACUCUUUUCAACAGCAGCAUCUAGCACGUACAACACUCAUGGCGUGAUGCAGACCAGGAUCCCAAGCUCAUCCGCUUCUCCUUCAGCAGUCUCAAAAAUAUUAACUGAUGAUAUAUUCUUGACUUCUAUUCCUAGAAGCCAAACAUCACUACCCUCACCUGCAACAUCACAUUCCUCCGCCUCAGUUCAGAAUCCACUCUCUCCUCCAAUCAUCGAAGAUUCGACGUUCUCGCUUCAACCCUCGGCCUCAUUAUCACCACAUUUACAAAAGCAUAGUCAGUCUAGUCAAGGUGGAAAUGACAGUAUUAAUAAUCAUAGCGGUCUAGCAGCAUGCUCCCCUGAUAUGGCACCAUCUAACGCUAGUUCACCUAGCAACUCUCUGUCUGAAGAGGCGAUGAUUCAAUCGUUCACAGGACAAAUGGUUAGUGACACAUUUUACAUGCACAUUAACCUCCCAGCGGAGCAUCCAAGGAACGACCCCACGUCAUUCCUGUACCUACCAAGCGAGCUUGAAUAUGGCGAUACCACGGCGCUCUCACCGGCAGCCUCUGGAGGAUCCUCAGAAAUUGAUACCAUGUCGCCACCGCCAUUUUAA